UUUUGCACACAACAGGAAAUAAAUAUUUGUUAGAGGCGACUCUUUUUUUUUUUUAACAGACUAGACACAUGACACUUUAACAGUCUUUCACUCACACUGUAGCCACCGGAAGAGAGACAGUGAGGAAGACCUGCCAACGUUCUCGGUUCGAGCCAAACAUCAGAGCUAUAAAGCAGCCAAGUUAUACAGCAGAGAAUCUCCAUUUACUGGGUUUUGGAAAGUGAGCCAUAUAUUGCUGUACCUUAUGGAUUCCCAUCGUAGCUCCUAUUUCCCCGCCCGUUCCGUGCUGUUCCGGAAGGAAGCGAAUGGAGUGACGUACCGCAUACCUGCUCUGAUCUUCUUGCAGCACUCCUCCUGCUUCCUGGCCUUCUGUGAGGAGAGAAUCAGUCCUGCAGAUUCCCAGGCUCACCUGCUUGUCAUGCGCAAGGGCACCUUCUACAGGACCUAUGUAGAGUGGGAAGACAUGCGAGUCAUUAGCACGGCUGUUCUGAAAGGUCACCGUUCAAUGAACCCGUGUCCCGUGUACGACUCCUUCACCGGGACAAUUUUCCUCUUCUUCAUCGCGGUGCUCGGUCACACCACAGAGUCAUAUCAGCUGGUGACAGGCAUCAAUGUCACUAGGCUAUGCUACGUGUACAGUCAGGACAAUGGGGAGACCUGGAGUCCUGCCACUGACCUCACUAAGACGGUCAUAGGAGACACAAUUAAAGUGUGGGCUACCUUCGCUCUCGGCCCAGGUCAUGGGAUCCAGUUAAAGUCUGGCCGUCUGCUGAUCCCAGCCUACACCUACUACAUUGACUGCAAGCAGUGCUUCGGAAAGAUGACUAAAACCACUCCGCACUCCUUCUGCUUCUACAGCGACACACAUGGCAGGACAUGGCAUUUUGGUGAAACCGUGCCAGAGCCUGAAUGCGUGGAGUGUCAGCUGGUCUCAGUGGACGAAGAGGACGGGACCAACGUGCUCUACCUUAAUGGCCGCAGUGCCCUCGGCUCCCGUGUUCAGGCCCUCAGUUUUGAUAAUGGUACCAUUUUCCAAAGAGGACAACUGGUGCACAAGCUUGUGGAGCCUAGAAAUGGCUGUCAUGGGAGUGUGAUCGGCUUUCCAGCACCUUUCAACCUCCUCCAGAAGUCCGAUUUGGGUGAAGUCCAAUCAUCUUCCACUGCAGCAAGCCCAUCUGAGAAGUUUUUAGCACCAACCUGGGUGGUGUAUGGACAUCCAACCUGGCCCAAGGCUCGCCAGGAUCUUGGCUUGUACCUCAACGUGCGGCCCCGUGACCCGGACAGCUGGACAGGACCGUGGGUCAUCUACGAGGGUCCGAGUGCAUACUCGGACCUGGCUUAUAUGGAGGUGGCAUCUACAGACGAAUCACCGGUUCCUGUUUUUGCCUGUUUAUUUGAAAACGGCACAAGGACAGCAUUUGAUGAGAUUUCAUUUUGCAUAUUUACAUUGUUUGAGCUUAUUAACAACCUCCCCCAGGUCCUACCUCGUCUGAGUAGUGUAAAAUCAGCAGAGAAAAAGAGGAGGAGGAGGAAGAAGAACGUGGGUCAAAUUUGUAGAGUGUGUUAACCGCAGAAUAUAAACAAACUCGAAAUUCCAUUUGUUUUCCUGUCCUAAGAAAAGAACCAAAAAUAUGUUGAACCUGCAGAAUAGAAAUCUAUAGAUAUUUGUCAAGCUCCAUCACUAAUGUUCAUAUACAUAUAUGUCUGUAUGGUGCUAAUUAGCAUUGUAGCGCAAAUAAACUGAGUGAAUUGAAUUUGAUGGACUUGCAUGGGAAUUGAUCCAAACAGUGUAAUAGUUUUUCCUUCAAGAACUUAAUUCUUGUUUUUGUCAUUUAAUGCUAACAUUCAUGUUCAAAAACUCAAGGCCCAUCUCUCUUUUUAUCUGUUCCUCAGUCUGUCUAUUUUUAACAAACACAAUAUCUCAUGAGCGUCCGGUUGAACAUUUACAUGGAGGAUGUUGUAAUUGAUCCAAACUGGAUCGAGGUCAAAUGUCUAAAAUAAGCCUUUCUUCAAUAGCUUACUUUU